GGAGGCAUUGCUGGCUGAAAUGGGGGUGGCCAUGAGGGAGGAUGGAGGCACCUUGGGUGUUUUCUCUCCUAAAAAGACGCCCCACUUGGUCAACCUGAAUGAGGACCCGCUCAUGUCCGAGUGUCUUCUCUACUACAUCAAGGAUGGGAUAACAAGGGUUGGCCGGGAAGAUGCAGAGAAGAGGCAGGACAUUGUUCUCAGCGGGCACUUCAUUAAGGAAGAGCACUGCCUUUUCCGCAGCGACACCAAAACCGGCGGUGAAGUAAUAGUAACCCUGGAGCCCUGCGAAGGCGCUGACACCUACGUGAACGGCAAAAAGGUGACAGAGCCCAGCAUCCUGCGCUCAGGAAACCGCAUCAUCAUGGGGAAGAGCCAUGUCUUCCGCUUCAACCAUCCCGAGCAGGCUCGGCAGGAGCGGGAGCGGACCCCAUGUGCCGAGACCCCUGCUGAGCCUGUGGACUGGGCUUUCGCCCAAAGAGAGCUGCUGGAGAAGCAGGGCAUUGACAUGAAGCAGGAGAUGGAGCAGCGGCUCCAGGAACUGGAGGACCAGUACCGGAGGGAGCGGGAGGAGGCAAAUUACCUUCUUGAGCAGCAGAGGCUGGACUAUGAGAGCAAAUUGGAGGCUUUGCAGAAGCAGAUGGACUCUAGGUAUUACCCUGAGGCAAACGAGGAAGAGGAAGAACCUGAGGAUGAAGUGCAGUGGACGGAGCGGGAGUUUGAGCUGGCCCUCUGGGCCUUUAGGAAGUGGAAGUGGUACCAGUUCACCUCCCUCCGUGACCUGCUCUGGGGCAAUGCCAUCUUCCUCAAGGAAGCCAACGCCAUCAGCGUGGAGCUGAAGAAGAAGGUCCAGUUCCAGUUUGUGCUCCUCACGGACACACUGUACUCGCCUCUCCCUCCCGACCUGCUGCCUCCUGAUGCUGCCAAGGACCGGGAGAAGCGGCCGUUCCCCCGGACCAUCGUGGCUGUAGAGGUGCAGGACCAGAAGAAUGGGGCAACACAUUACUGGACCCUGGAGAAGCUGAGGCAACGCCUGGACCUGAUGCGUGAAAUGUAUGACCGUGCAGCAGAAGUGCCUUCUAGUGUCAUCGAGGACUGUGACAACGUGGUGACCGGUGGAGAUCCUUUCUACGACCGCUUCCCCUGGUUCAGGCUGCCUGCUGACGAGCAGCACCAGGGGCAGGAGGAGGAGGAGGAGGAGGAGGAGGAGGCGGAGGACCUGGAGGAAGACAUCUUUCCGGAGUGCCCGCUGUGUGAUGGCCGGGAUCCGUUUUACGACCGCUCCCCCCUGUUCAGUUUA